GUUUUUCGUUUGGCGCCUAAACUAACAAAAAAGGCGGGUGUUGGGUACGCGUUAUCAGCGAUAGGAUUCACUGGACAUCAAUGCGAUAGACAGAAGUACGUAAACAAGGUAUUGAAAAUUUUUAAAAUUUCAACGGACUUCUGUUGCACAUAUAUAUCCGUAUAUAAAAACAUGUCUCAGCCGUCAGUAACAGCGUACUUUAAUACGCGCAAACGACAAGCAACUGACGAUUUGCGAAGCAAGGCAAAAGUGUUGCUUCUUGAACGGGAUCAAUCAAAAUUAGCGAAUAGCCAGAAUCGGAAUUCACUGAAUAAAGAUAUUUCCGAAUCAUCCGAAUCACUAACUUCAAUAAAAGAGGAAAACACAAUGGUUACGAGUCCGAAAAUGAUUCUCGUCUCAGGAAAAGAGGUAACGAAUACUCGUAUUGUGAAAUCUAAUUCUGCCGUUCGUAAUAUACAAUUCGAUUCCUCUAAACCAAAUACUCAAAAAACAUCUAAAAGCAAUCCUCGAGUCCGAGCUGUACGCUCUAGGAAAUUAUCUGGGCAAGAGGGUCAGAUAGACAUUCGAGAAAGCUUCCAAAAGAUCACAGAAGAUUUAGAUACAAACAGAGUGUUAUUUGAGAAAAAAGGAGCAUUAAGCCCAAAGAAAAAAGCUUCAGGAACGCCAAAAAAGAACAAUGCUGCUGUUGAAAGUCUGUGUAUGAACAUCUCAAACGAUCAAUCUGUGGUUACUUGUGUUACACCAAAAAAAGCAUCGACCAUGGAUAAAUUGGCAAAACCCGAAUUGUCUAUAACUGAUAUAAAGAACAGAAUUAAUAAAUCAAGCAGACUCAUGGAAUUGAAAGCGUCUAUUGCAAGGUUCAAAAACUGUGAACAAAAAUUAGAGAAAUUACAAAAACAAAAUGAAUCUAAAAAACCACAGAUACAGAAAUUUGAGAAGAUUCAACUUGAAAUACCAGUUAGUCCACAGAAAACAUACAAAUCACCAAGUAAAAUAGUAUUAAGUCCUAUGAAGAGUAAGGAAUUAUUUGCAGCCAGUCCUCAAAAACGAAUUUUAUUUGAACCUAAGGAAUCAACACCCAGUCCAGUGAAGGGUAGUCCAACAAAAACACCAGCUUAUCAGCAGUAUCUAUCAUUAGCUGAAAGUGGAACUCCUGCUUUGCCAUUACCUUACCAUUAUAGAUUUUUAGCAGAAGCAUUUAGAUGUGUAGACACGGUUUCAGCAAUGCUUUUUAAUCGCAAAGAAACAAUAACAUUUAAAAAGUUGAAGCCUGCAGUUCAAGAAUUAUUGCGUAAAAACUUUACAUUGGAACACGUAGCACAAAUUAAAACUAUUUACCCAGAUGCGUACAUUUAUCAGCAGGAGAAGUAUCGCACAUUUGGUUCUACAUCCAAGCAAGAUAAAUAUGAGCUAAUUUUUACACCUAUUGUUGAAGAGAAGACUGGAAGAAAUACACCUGAUGCAGAUGAUGUGUUGAAAACAGCUUCCGAAGUUAGUAUGGGACCGAAAGUAUUGUUGGAUAGACGAAGAAAGUUCUAUAACAUUUUGCUGGAUAAAGUGAAGGAUGAGCAUGAGAAAUUCUUACUUAGUUUAGAGACUCCAAUGCGUGUACCAAAGGAAAAGAUUUUACGUUGGCAUCCAGAGUUUAAUGUUGAAAGUUGCAAAUCGAUUGAACAAUCUGAAUUGCCGCAGCCACCAAAUAUAGAAAAAAUAUUGACUGCGAAGGAUGUUCUUGACAAAGCAAAGUCAUUAUUCAAUUGUGGUACACGCAUGGAAAAAGCAUUGCAACGACUAGCUGAAGCAAAAAUGACUUCAAAGUCAUCUCCAGAGAGAGACGAGAACAGUGCAGUACAAACUGAAGAUGGUAUCCGGAAAGUUAAUAUUACCGUUGUGGAUACACCACCCGCUACACCUACCACACAAAAGAAUUUCGUUAGUAUGUCAUUUAAAGGCAUACCAAAGGCCCUUUUAGAAAAGGUUCGAGCAAAACAAGCAGCUAAAGCAUUGGAAGCUAUGACACGUACACCGGAUGCUAAUAAAGAAGCUGCCAUGUAUUCAAGGCUUCCAGAAUUGAGCAAAAUCCUGCGUAACAUUUUUGUUGCCGAGAAGAAAAGUGUGUUGACUCUUGAAUUCGUGAUUGGAAAACUAGAGAAUUCUUAUAAAUCAAAAUUGAACCCCAACGAAUUAGAAGAGCAUAUACGUUUGUUAUGUAAACUACUACCCGUAUGGACCAGUAUACACAAUGUUAGAAAAGUAGACUACUUGAAAUUGCAAAAAGAAGUUGAUCUAGGAAAGGUCGUUAAAAGAUUAGAAAUCAUAGCUAAUGAUAAAGUAACAUCUAAAUGACAUUAAUUGACAAUAUAAAAUAAUUUUUCCCCUUGUUUCGAAUUUAUGAUUUAUACAUGAAUCAUUAUUAAUAUUGAUGAUAAUUAUUUCCUUGUAUUUCACUGUGUUUGUUACAAUCUAUUAUAUUAUCUCAUCACAUUUGCAAUGAAUGUUAUUUAAUGUAAUUCAAUUCUGGUUCAAGGUGGUAAAUGUAAGAUUAGUUUCUCUAAUGUGCACAAAAUAAAACAUACUCUUUCUUGUGCUCCUUAUAAUUUUAAGUAAAAUUAUCAUAUUAAGCAAUAUUUCAAUUUUUGGUUCAGUUCAUGCUAUUCUUUACAAAAUAAUAUUGUAACAUUUACAGAGAUAGAAAUUAGCAUCUAAUUUGUGAUUAAAACACUACUUUACAAAAUAUUAUAACAUAUAUGCACUUAUUUUACCGUAUUAUGUUUAUUCUAAUGAAAUAUUCAUAUUUUGUUACAAAAUCAUUUUUCUUUCGUAA